UCGCCUGUGACAGAGCGGCCCCAGCCACCACCAGCUCAGACAGUAAAGCGGCACAGCCCGGUGAGCUCAUCUAACCUCACACCGGACACGAGCCACUUAGCUUCGGCCAAGCCUCGAGCGUCAACCGGCCUGUGUCUCUCUUCUCCACCCCCCCACGCACCCGCGUUCUUAUUCCGCCGAAAAGAUGUCCAAAGACACGGAAGGGAGGAGCGAGAAGAUCAUGGACAUGGAGAGCAAGGUGUUGUGGUACCCGGACUCCAAGAGGAACACACGGAUGGACACGUUUAGGAAACAGGUCAACGGAGGCUACGGACUUAACCUCGUCAACUACCACGAGCUGUACCAGUGGUCGGUGGACAGUUAUCCAGAUUUCUGGGGAGAAGUGUGGCGCUUCUGCGGCGUAGUGAGCUCCAAGCCAUACGAACAGGUUGUGGAUUUCACAAAGCGGAUCUCGGACGUUCCGGAGUGGUUUAAAGGAGCCCGCCUCAACUACGCCGAGAACUUGCUCAAACACGCAGACCACGACAAAGUGGCUAUCUAUGCCGCAACCGAGGCGAACGAUGAGAUCGCGAAGGUGACGUUCGGGGAGCUGAGGCGGGACGUGGCGUUGUUCGCUGCGGCCAUGAGGAAGAUGGGCCUCCAGACUGGAGACCGGGUCGUAGGCUACCUGCCCAAUGGUAUCCAUGCAGUGGAGGCCAUGUUAGCCGCAGCCAGCAUUGGAGCCAUUUGGAGCUCCACGUCGGUCGACUUUGGAGUCAACGGUGUCCUCGACAGGUUUUCUCAGAUCCAGCCCAAGCUGAUCUUUUCUGUUGCUGCUGUGGUUUACAACGGCAAAACACACGACCACAUGGAAAAGCUGACCAGCGUUGUCAAAGGUCUGCCUGACCUGAAGAAAGUAGUGGUGAUUCCCUACGCUCGCUCCAAACAAGACACUGACCUCUCCAAGAUACCCAACAGUGUAUUCAUCGACGACUUCUUGGCAUCCGGCCGCGGCGAGGCCGACCAGCUUCCUCAGCUGGAGUUCGAGCAGCUACCUUUCAACCAUCCUCUGUUCAUCAUGUACUCCUCUGGCACCACGGGAGCUCCGAAGUGCAUGGUCCACUCUGCUGGGGGCACGCUCAUCCAACAUCUGAAAGAACACAUUCUCCACGGCAAUAUGACCAGCAGUGAUGUCAUCAUUUACUACACCACGACCGGCUGGAUGAUGUGGAACUGGCUGGUGUCUGCUCUGGCAGUGGGGGCCUCUGUGGUUUUAUAUGACGGUUCUCCUCUGAUGCCCACACCCGAUGUACUGUGGAACCUGACAGACCAGCUGGGCAUCACCAUCUUGGGUACCGGGGCCAAGUGGCUGUCGGUUUUGCAGGAGAAGAACCUGAAACCCGCGGAAACGCACAACCUCCAGUCGCUCCACACCAUCCUGUCGACCGGGUCUCCCCUCAAACCUCUGAGCUACGACUACGUCUACCGCUGCAUCAAGAGCAACGUUCUGCUGGGCUCCAUCUCAGGCGGCACCGACAUCGUGUCCUGUUUCAUGGGUCAGAACCCCACCGUUCCCGUGUAUCGGGGGGAGAUCCAAACGAGAAACCUGGGCAUCGCUGUGGAGGCCUGGGGCCUCGAUGGUAAGCCCGUGUGGGGAGAGAGUGGGGAGCUCGUCUGCUUGAAGCCGAUCCCCUGCCAGCCAACGCACUUCUGGAACGACGACAACGGGAGCAAAUACCACAAAGCCUACUUUUCUACAUACCCUGGGGUUUGGGCUCACGGGGAUUACUGCAAAAUCAACCCGAAGACGGGAGGCGUCGUCAUGCUGGGCAGAAGUGACGGCACGUUGAACCCCAACGGAGUGCGAUUUGGCAGCUCGGAGAUCUACAACAUCGUGGAGGCCUUCGAGGAGGUGACGGACAGCCUCUGUGUUCCCCAGUACAACGGCGACGGAGAAGAGCGAGUCAUUUUGUUCCUAAAGAUGGCGCCCGGCAGGCCUUUCUGUCCGGAGUUGGUUGCCAAGAUAAAAGGAGCCAUUAGGAAAGCCCUGUCGGCCAAGCACAUCCCCGCUCUGCUGCUGGAGACCAGAGACAUUCCAUACACCAUCAGCGGUAAGAAGGUGGAGGUGGCGGUGAAGCAGGUGAUUGCCGGACGGGAGGUGGCGCAGAGAGGAGCCUUCUCCAACCCCGACUCGCUGGAUCUCUACAAGAACAUUCCCCAACUGCAAAACUAUUAGAAGGUCGAGGCCUCGCCCGCGAAAAGAGAGAGACCACCGGACAAGGAUUCCACUUCAUUCAAAUUCACGGGAGCCCGGGAGAUCCAAAAGGCCCUCGGAGCCCUUCCUACUGUGGCAUCAGGAGAGUGUUCGAAAUUAAACAAAAUAAUGGUUCAAAUAAUAUGUCCCAACGCGAGCUGUGCCGCUGCAUUGGCUAUCUUCCAGUCUUCUGACGUCCUUCAGGUAAAUGCGGGAUGCUGUGGGUGUAAUUCUGUGGCACACUGCACACACCGCCCCCCCCCCCCCCCCCUGCGCUGUGAUUUAUGGUGGCGUAGCUUUGGCUCCGCGGGUUGGUGGCACUCAGCCAACGAGGCUGCCGUAUCUCUCUGUGUCUCAAGCUUUAACCCAAGUGAUGGUUCUGACUGGGUCCCAGCCGGGAAACACACACACACACACACACACACACACACAUGGGAUUAACACCUCAGCUUCAACUCAUAGCACCAUGUCAUUGUAAUGUGGUGCAUAUUGCUUUAACAAAUGUGUAUGUGUCUAUAUAUACAUGAAUAUAUAUAUAUAUAUAUAUAUAUACCUAUAUAUCUAUUUUGGACUGUGAUAUAAUGAUAACAUUAUCAUUGUUCUUUAGAAGAUCGUGACCCAAGAAAUGUAGUUUGAUUCUAUAAACUAGGGGGUUUCUGGGUGAAAACUAAACCUACUCAUCUUUUAUCAAGCUCAAAAAGUCGAUCUCUGUGCUUAUACGUGUUCCAAUCCUAUCAGCGAUUUGACUUUGUAACAAUUGAAUCUUGUUUCAUUCCGCCCACGAGACAUGAAGGCGAGCGUGAAGUCACAUUGGCCCCCGUUUGUAAAGGUCAAGUCAGCCAAGGUCAAUGUGCGAUGUGAAAGUGAGGUUUAUUUUCACCACAGAAGCCUGUGUGUGUGUUUGUCCCGUCGCUCUGCUGCGUGCUUCCUGAUAACUAGUCAGCCUGUUAUUGCUUUGUACAAGGGGAAGCUGAAUUAUUUAUACAAAGGGACCUGAUGACAGUGGACUCGGGUCACAAGGAGCCAGACACAGCGUACAAUAACAACAACAACAAAAAAAUUGGGUUUCAUUUCCUGUUGGGAGCCUUUGAUCUUUGGGGGGAAAAGGAAGCAUUUUAUACUGACCCGUAUUUCUAACUGGACCGUUUUUUUUUUCAGUCUUGAGUCUGAAUUAUUUUGAUAAAUUUAAAGGUAUGAAUGUGAAUCUUUGAAGGUUUUCACCAAUAGCAGCUUGGGAUACAUCUUCCUUCCAAUGGUGUCACACCAUUGUACUGAUUGGCAGUAAUUUAAAUCAGCCUGACUAAUGCUUUUUCUUCAUCUAUACUGUUGCUUUGGGAAAGAAGAUUAAUGUAAAGAGGGCUUCUUUUUUUUUUUUUUUUUUUCAAAACGAUGCAAAGGCUCUUUCUGAUGGAGACAAGGACCAUAUUGUCCAUCCAGCACUUUAGUACUGUCUACUGUAGGAGAUCAUAAUGCAUUCUGGGUAAAAUGGCAGAUGUACUGUUUUG